AUCUCUAUUCUAUAAAGGAACAGUUGAGGUCUAUUUUGUAAUUUGGCUUUUCGUGUCCCCCAGUUAAAAGACUAAAAUACCCCAACGCAGUUCUACAGUUUAAUUGCACCCCAGACCUUAAGUGACGCCCAAAAUCAAUCCUUUUUAUCUCAAUUACCAAAGCUGAUGUUGAUUGAUUGAUUAAAUCAGGAAAUAAAUGAAAAUAAGGAAAAUAAAAUAUUACAACUACUGCAGUUACCAAAUGAAACGAAAAACAAAUAAGGAAAAUAAAAUAUUACACUUUAUGCAGUUACCAAAUGAAACGAAAAAUAUUACAAAUCUAAAAGAAUAAAAAUUUCUAAUUAACUGCAGAAGCCCUGAAAACAAAAAACCUCCAUAAACCAGAUCCUAAACCAGAAAUCAGAAGAAAAAUUCCAGAAACCAUAAAACAAGAAACCUCUCCCAUAAUGCAAAUCUAAUGCCGCGCUGAUUCCCAGAAGAAAUCCGUUCUCAAAAGAACCACAUCACCAUUGUUUCUUCUUGAAGUCGCUCCCACAUGUAAGUACACUUUUCGUAUGAAUCCUCUGUAAAAAAAAUACAAACAAAAUUCAACCAUUUUUCUAUAAUAAUAAAUCAUAAACUUUAAUUGUAUGGGCAUAUUUAAAUCUGUGUAUAUCAUAAAAAUACAAGGAAUGUUGUACGCAUAACAGUAUCAUUUUUAUUUAUACAAGACUAUAAAAAAUAAGAACAGAAAUUAAAUUUGUGACUGUAUGCACAAAACAAAUGUUCUUUUCUAAUAUUGUGGUGCUUAUUUAUUUUGCAGAUUUCAAAAUAUAAGGUAGGUUAUAUUCUUGCUUCUAUAGAUUUUAAUUAAUUAUUUUAUAUCUUAAUUUAUGCAUUUGGUUAAAUAAUCUCUCAUAAUCUUUUUAAUUUUUAAUUGCAGAUUUCAACAACGAAGGUUUGUGAUAAUAUAAUUUUUUGUUAUUAGAAUUAUGAUUUUAAAUAUAAUUGACUUACAUUUGUUUUAAUGCAGAAUUUAGUAGGGGUUUGAAGUUCAUAACGAGGUGCAACGACCAACGAAGGAUCGGCAGUACAUACGGUUAUAAUUUCGGUUUUAAGUUUGAUUCUGAGUUGGGUGUUAAGUUCAUCAAGGCAUACUAUAACAACGGCAUAAGGUUAUAAUUUCGGUUUUAAGUUUGAUUUUGAGUUGGGUGUUAAGUUCAUCAAGGCAUACUAUAACAACGGCAUAAGGAUGACAGAGUACCAUUAUCCAACUUUUGAGCAUUUAUAUCCUAGCGGGGUACAACGAUAUGAUGUACGAGCCCGACUGAUUCGCAAUUAUGAUAUUUUCAACUACAACCAUAAAGGAACAACCAAGCAAACAUGGAAAAUGAUUUUUGUCGAUGUUGAGGGUCAGGCCAUACAGUGCAAUAUUUUCGGCCCCGCGAUUGAAAAGUUUAUAGGACGGUUUCAAGAGGGAUUCAUUUAUAUACUCCUUGCUGUACAAGUGAUAUUUGCUGAAGGGAAAAACAAAAUUGUCCCCAAUUGGAAACAGAUGAUCAUCAAAGAAGAAACAAAUGUGAUACGUGAAGAGGAGGAUGACAUUUCCAUACCUUCAUUCCACUAUAAUUUGGUUCAGUUGAACCGAUUAAGUUGUCACAUCGACUGUACUGAUAGAGUUUAUGAUGCAAUGGGAUUGGUCCUAUACGUUUCACCGGUUGAGAAUAUUGGUGUGGAUUCAUUUAAGCGAGACGUGGCAAUAAUGGAUACAACCUGGACUGUUAUUAAAUUAACACUUUGGAAUGAUUUUGUGCACGUUCUUGAUGAAAAUCUUAAUCAUGUUGACGUGGCACCAAUCAUUGUAGCAUGUGGUCUGCAUGUCAAGAGCUUCUAUGGUACAUAUCUUUCCACGGGAUACCACACUAGGGUUUAUGUUAACCCGGUUAAUGAAAAAACAACAUCCUUAUCUACAUGGUAUAAAUCGGAAAAAUUGGCAAAGAUAAGGAGAGAUUGGUUUCGUUCGUCGACUUUUUCGUUAAAGUCGUCGAUUGAUAUUUCUAACACUCCCCGUAUCCGAUUAUCUCAAUUUCCCAGCGCGAGAAAGGUUCAAUACUGUCGAGUUGUUGCAUAUGCAUGUCGCGUUGAUAGUGUUGAUAACAUCAUAUAUGAGGCAUGCAAUCGUUGCCUAAAAAAGGUUGUCAUUUUUCAAGGACUACAAAAAUGUCAAUCUUGCAAUCUCACCAACACUGUAACUAUCCCAAGGUUGCUUCUUCGACUUACCAUAUUUGAUAAAAGUGGUAAUUUGAAAGUCACAAUAUUACACGAUCUUGCACAACACCUUUUAGGUUGUUUAGCUACUGAAAUAAAAUCAGUACUUCAACAGCCUAAUGGACGUAAUCGAGUGAUGGAAAAAGUAUUUGCAUGUUUCGGAAACAGAGCUUUUUCAUGGGUGCUACAUCCACCAAUUGGAGAUUUUAAUCCUGAACAUUCGUAUACGGUUGGAUAUGUGUUGCAUGUCGAUUGGGCGGAGGAGUGCAUGUGGUUAAACAAAUAUAUUGCGAGCAAAAAAAGAAAAUGAUAUUUACUAUUUUGUAUGUACUUCAAUUUUGAUUUUUCAAUAGGAUAUGUUAGUUGUAUCAAAAUAAUGUUAAUUUUUUUUAAUAGCUUUAAAUUCGUCAUGUAAGGCUACGAGUAUUGUAUGACCUCAAUGUCGCAAAAUAUGGACUUUGCGAAUGAUUAUUAGUGUCUAAAAUUUGUAAAAUUUCGCAAGCAUCGCGUGCAUGAAAUAAUAGGCACAAUAAAGUUUCUAAAAUUCACGCACGCAUCGCGUGCAUAAAAUACUAG